AUGUCGUCCCGCGAUUUGAGGGGUCGGGCGUGUUCAAAUUCAACUGCGGCUAGUGCUUCGCGACUGCUCUGUCUGCCAUGGGAACUCGUUGAAGUUGAGCUUCCGAAAGAAAUGGAUGUUCCGGUAAGUGAAUCACUAUUUUCUGUUGGAAACGGACGUGUAACCGUCCGGGGAUAUACGGAGGAGUCACUCGUUGCGCCCCCGUAUUCGAGGGGUACAAACUCUCACGAUAUAGCCAUCCGUAGUCCUGUAGUUUCCUUGUACGGUGGUAUUGGCAAUGAUGUCAUCAAGGUGGGGAACAGGAGUUUGAGCAACAGUCAUCUCCUUGGAAACCCAUCUUCACCCGUUAGGUGUGACUCGUUACCCACCGAGGGGCACCCGACCGCCUCCAAAGAAUGGAAGCCCCCUGAACGAACCCUGCGUGGGACUUACGUCAACGGGAUCUGCGAGGAGCUUCUGUUAACCCAUCAUCAGCAGCAAAGGGCAUUCACUGUUGGAACUUGUGCUCGUGAGUCAUUUCUUGUAUGUGCGCCGGAUGCCUUUUGCAUCGACGUUUUUGUCGGAGGUGAGCACGUGAAUUCAGAAACAGGGAUCAUACUUUCGCACAGACGCACGUUAGAUUAUCACACGGGUGAGCUUCGUCGGCACCUGGUGUGGCAAUCCAGGAGUAAUGGGCACGAGGUGACCAUUGAGUCUUCAAGAAUUGUUUCCCUAACACGGAGGAGCAUCGCAGCAGUUAAAUAUUCUGUUAGUGCCAAGAACGUCUCCAAUACGAAUAUCCGCAUCGUAUCUCGUACCAUUGUUCCUUCGGGUGUGCGACAACACCUUAAGAUUGAAAAUGUUAUGACUAGGCGCACUCUGCAUGACGCUUCGACAGCGGUGCUUGUGCGCACACGAAAUAGUUGCAAGCGGUUAGUGGUGGCUGAGUUUGAGGCUUGUCGUAGCACGCACUACGAGCUCAUUAACACACAGAGUGUGCCGACGUUUUCAACUGUUACAAGUGCAGUAGGAGCACAUGGUGCUAACACUCCACCGUGCGCCGUAGCAGCAGAUGCGUCUUUAGCUGCAGGCCGGACACCAUUGGCUUCGCCUAAGCCGAUGGCACAACCACAGCCGCAACCAACACCAUCCUUGACCUUCCUCGCACCGAAAUGUUCUGAGAUACGAAACGGCGCAGAAACCAUCUACACCAGCGUAAUACGUGAGUCUACACGGUUUGAGCUUACCAAAUACAUUGCCUUCCUAGUUGACGAGGAUGCAGCACCGGAGGAUAUUUGUGACCUGGGAAUGCACCGUGCUCGAGAAGCGGCUGCUGUCACCUACGAGGCCAUCUGUCGCGAACAGUUGGACGUUUUGUCAAAUUUCUGGGAGAGAGGGAAUGUACAUAUCAAAGCCAGUGGUCCGUCGCUUGAAAGUGCGGUGAGAUUUAACAUGCUGCACCUUCUUAUGUCGUCGGGAGGGUUACAAAUGCAAAGUCACCCGUCGCGUGGUUUUAUGAGUCAGCUGCAGGGAGGCAUGCACCAGUGGGAUGUAGACGCGUUUAUCGUUCCUUUUUUCUCACAUGUGCGCCCCGAAGUCGCACGCGGGUUGUUGCAGUUUCGUAUUGACACGCUGCCGCAAGCGAGAAGCCUUGCGGCGGACGUUGAUCUUCCACGAGGUGCACUAUACCCACAGAGGACUGUGAACGGUUUGGAAAGCAAUCCUCCGCCGUUCUGCGCGGCCUUCCUGUUUACAAAUGCGGUUGUUGCGUACGGUAUGAAGCAGUAUAUUACUGCCACAAAUGAUUUCUCCAUUCUACCGCAAGGUGGUGCUGAUGUUCUCUUUUCUACUGCGCUCAUUUGGCUUAUAUGGGGUACGUGGGAUAAAGCAGAGUUCCACGUUAGAUCUGUGGGGGGACCCGAUGAUUACAGCUGUCUCGGUGAUAAUAAUUACUUUACAAAUCUCAUGGCAAAGUUUCACAUGCAGUGGGCGGUGCAAAUAGCCGCAUCGAUGCAAAGAGACUAUCCUAACGAAUGGGAAGGCGUGAAGGAGAGAUGCCAACUAACUGAUGAUGACCUUGCAAUGAUGGACAAGGCCGCUGCAAAGGUGGUACUAGUUUUCGAUGCCAAAAAUCGUGUGCACCCUGUUGAUCAGUUAUUCAUGAGGAAGAAAAAGUGGAAAUUUGAUGAACUGAAGAAGAAGAAAAGUCUUCUAUUUCGUACGUUUGACCCUUCUGUUGUUUACCGACAUCAGGUAUGUCGCAUUCCCGACGUGGUUCUUGCCUCGCUUUUAUUGCCGGAAAAGUGCACAAAAGACGAGGUGCGUGCCAACUACAAUUUCUAUGAGCCUAUCACCACAAGCGAUUGCUCGCUUACCUCGAUGAUAUUUAGUAUCAUUGCAAUACAACUUGAUAUGUUGGACAAGGGAAUGCACUAUUUCCACCAGGCUCUCUUCAACGAUAUUGAAAAUGCGCUCGGUAAUACAGCCCGCGGCAUCCACUGCAGCUCCGCGGCGGGAUCUUGGUGGUGUUUGACCGUUGGAUUCGGUGGAAUGAGGGUAGUUGAUGACACACUGCACUUUAACCCUGUUCUCCCUGACGCGUGGGAGGAGUACCAGUUUUUUGUGCGCCAUCACGGUUGCCUUAUCAAGGUGCUUAUUACUCGCAGGAUGGUCACAUAUACGGCUGUGGAGGGGUGCUUCGACAGGUGCGGUUUGCCGAUUUAUCAUACGGAGAUCAACACCAUCCACCUGAAGGAAGGCAUGUCUGAAUCCGUGAGGCUUUACCGCGAUGUUCGCGUAUUUGACUUCGACUGUGUGGUGUUUAAUCUUGACAGUUUGAUCGAGGACCUGGAGGACCAUCACUACCGCGCAUGGAAGCAAACCCUCGAGAAAUACCUUCACGAAAUGGGGCAAACUUCAUUUGUGCUUACAGAGGACAUAUAUCUUGCAUACCUCAAGAAUGGAAAUUCGUUCACAUCAUCUCAACGCCUUCUUGCGAAGAACGGCAUUACAAACAUCCCUCCUGGUUGCCCAGAUGAUACCGUUGAGACGGACACAGUAUAUGGGUUGCUGCAGCGCAAGCGGCAUAACUUCCGCGUUCAGAUUCGGGAGGAGGGGCUCAAAGUAAAAAAAGGGGCGCUGCACCUCAUGGCGGAGCUCCGACAGAACGGCAUUUCCAUUGGUUGUGUGACAGACAGUAAAAGUGGUCAGUGGAUGCUGCGAAGGGUGCCACAAGUUAUGUGCCUAAUCGACCGCUGCAUUGAUGGAAGUGAUGGGGAAGUUCUUUCCCUCUGCUGGCGCCCGGAGGUGGACUACUUCUGCUCUCUGUGCAAACAACUCAAUACCAGCUUCGAACGGACUAUCGUUAUUAUGCGUGGGAUUGGGGGGUUCUCGAAAAGCGCACUGGAACAGUUCAAAUUAGUUGUGGACGUGCAGCGCGAUGCGGAGUAUGUGCCGGGUGGAGUGCAUCCUGUGAAUGUGCCGUGCAUGAGCGUGUUAACACUCGGCAAGUUGGAUGAGUAUGCCUCGAAAAGGAAAUUAGUUGCCGUAGCGGGGGAUGCCGAUAGGCCCGCCACCGCACCAAAUAAUAUGGAGGGCGCUCCACCGGACCAGUUGGAAUGA